UAACACGCUCUCCACUCGGGUUCUACAGGCGUGUACAUGGUGCUUGGUAGAGCUGUCAGCCGCAAUAGAAAUACAUAUCUACUGGUAUAGAGCGUUUUUUUUUUGUCGCAGUAAAUUAGGGAUUACAUUACCAAAUCAGUUCGAAGAUCGACAUUCUUUAUUUAAACGAGCUACUCGUGUUUUGAGUAUUUCAAACGGGUCCGUUUGCCGCUAGAAGAAGCAACAUAAAAGGGGCGGGUGCGAUUCAUUACUGGCUCCAGUCCUGUGCAACACCUCAGCUAAUCUGACGUUACAGUCUGGUGAGACAUACUGUCACUGAGCCUGCCAGGUGAAGAGCUCAUUUGGACGAACACUAGCGAUGAAAUAAUUAUUUAGGGAAUUUUUAUAGCUAUAUGUGUCUUUCCUAACACCGAGGUGUCACGCGGGUGAUAUUGCGCUGUCAUUAUUUGACUUUAUUUUAUUUAUUUUUAUAUCUGUAUUUAUUCCAUUGGCUGUUGGAUAACAUUAGCUUGUUAGCAAGAUAGCUAGUUAAACAACAAUGUCGGAUAACCAGAGCUGGAAUUCUUCGGGUUCCGAUGAAGACGUGGAGACGUCGGAAUCGGGAGUCGGGCAGCCAGUUGUUGGUGUCGCCGAGCUCGGGGGAAUCAUCAGCAAGUGGACUAACUACAUCCACGGCUGGCAGGAUCGCUGGGUGGUUCUGAAGAACAACACUCUGAGCUACUACAAGUCUCAGGACGAGAGAGAGUUCGGCUGCAGAGGGUCCCUGUGUCUCAGCAAGGCUGUCAUCACUCCCCAUGAGUUUGACGAGUGCAGGCUGGAUGUCAGUGUUAACGACAGCGUGUGGUACCUGAGGGCCACAGACCCGGAACACAGACACCAAUGGAUCAACUCCAUCGAACUACACAGGGCGGAGUCUGGGUAUGGGUCAGAACCCAGUCUGAGGAGACAUGGCUCCAUGCUGUCUCUCACGUCUGCUACCAGCGGCUACUCUGCCACAUCCACAUCCUCCUUCAAGGGUCACAGCCUGAGAGAGAAGCUGGCGGAAAUGGAGACGUUCAGAGACAUCCUGUGUAGACAGGUGGACACGCUGCAGAAGUACUUUGACGGCUGCUCCGACGCUGUCUCCAAGGAUGAGUUGCAGAGAGACAAAGUUGUUGAGGAUGAUGAGGAUGAUUUCCCCAACACUCGGUCAGACGGAGAGUUCAUCCACAACAACAACGGCAGCAAGGAGAAGCUGUUCCGAUCUCUGAGCCCUAAGGGCAUCAAUGGAAUAGACUUUAAGGGCGAGGCGAUCACGUUUAAGGCCACCACAGCUGGGAUUUUGUCCACCCUGUCCCACUGCAUUGACCUGAUGGUGAAGAGAGAGGACAGCUGGCAGAAGCGACUGGACAAGGAGACUGAAAAGAGGAGGAGGAUAGAGGAGGGCUACCAUUCCGCUCUCUCUGAGCUCAAGAAGAAGUCUCACUUUGGAGGGCCUGAUUACGAGGAGGGGCCUAACAGCCUGAUCAAUGAGGAUGAGUUUUUCGAUGCCGUUGAAGCCGCUCUUGACAGACAAGACAAGAUGGAGGAACAGUCUCACACCGAGAAGUCGCGGAUACAGAGAUCCAGUCCAGUUCCCCCGGGAGAUGUCUACUCCACCAUAGGAUCACACAGAUUCGCUGACAAGGUGGAGGAGAUGGUGCAGAAUCACAUGACCUACUCGCUGCAGGAUAUGGGCGGGGACGCCAACUGGCAGCUGGUGGUGGAGGAGGGGGAGAUGAAGGUGUACAGGAGGGAGGUAGAGGAGAAUGGUAUUGUCCUGGACCCCCUGAAGGCCACCCAUUCUGUGAAGGGAGUCACGGGACAUGAGUUGUGUCACUACUUCUGGGACACGAACGUACGCAACGACUGGGAGACCACCAUUGAGAACUUCAACGUUGUGGAGAUGUUAUCGGACAACGCUGUAAUCGUCUAUCAGACACACAAGAGGGUGUGGCCAGCAUCCCAGAGGGACGUGCUGUACUUGUCUGCUAUGAGGAAGAUCCUGGCUAACAACGAGAACGACCCAGACACCUGGCUGGUCUGCAACUUCUCUGUGGACCACGACAACGCCCAGCCCACCAACAGGUGUGUUCGUGCCAAAAUCAACAUUGCCAUGAUAUGCCAGACCCUGGUUAGCCCACCAGAGGGCGACCGAGAGAUCAGCAGAGACAACCUCACCUGUAAAAUCACCUACGUCGCCAAUGUGAACCCAGGAGGCUGGGCUCCUGCCUCAGUUCUGAGGGCUGUGGCCAAGAGGGAGUACCCCAAGUUCCUCAAACGCUUCACCAGCUAUGUCCAGGAGAAGACAGCUGGGAAACCUAUCCUCUUCUGAGUCUCACAGGACUCACGGCACCCCAGUCCACACAACAGACUGUUCCGAACAUUGUGUACCAUUUCAACCCAACUCUAGCUAGCCAUCAUGCUAAGUGCUAGGGUACAGCUAGGCCUUCUCAGACUAGCUUCCAUGCGAGCUCUCUUGCUAGGUCUUCAGCUAGCUUCAAUAUAAGGCCUCAUGCUAGCUUCAAUGCUAGUUUCCCAUUCUAUACCUCAUGCUAGUUUCCUAUGCCAGGUCUUAUGCUAGGUCCUUUGCGAAUUCUCAUGCUAGUUCUUAUGCUAGCUCCCAUGCUAGUUUCAUUAGCUAAUGCAGAAAGACCUAUAAGAAAAUGUCAAUUGUGAGAGAUAUUAAUAUAUAAAUGUACGUAUGUGUUAUAAGAAAUUUAUAAGAAAGCAGUUUAAGACUGGAAGACAAAACAUUACUCUAUUUUAGGCCUGGUUUUUGUAGUCCUUUUUUAAGAGAUGGAGUUUGUUCCUAUUUUCUGUUGAUUUAGCUUUUUAUAAUAAUCAGUGGUGUUACAGCUUAUUCUCAUGCUGCUAAUUUUCUUAGUCCAACUAAAUCAGAUCGCCUUUUUUCCAGAAUGAUCGUCUUGUUUGUAAGAAACAAAAAAACGACAAUUCCAGAGGGCUGUCAUUGAACUCUGACCCCUAUGACAUUUUCUUCUGUCUCUCUGGUGAAAACACUACUUUGCUGGUGCUGAUGGAGGGACGAGGCUAAAAGUUAUUUUAUUUUCAAAUGUUGAAAAUGUAUUAAAUCUUCACAUUUCUUUAUUUUGGGGUUGUACUUGGGUUUCAAUGUUAUACUAUAACACAAUUUUGAUUUGGGAUUUUAGAUAUCUGGAUUAUAACUGUAUAUAAUGUCAACAACCAUUUCUGCUUCACAGCCAGCUGUAAAAAUGUUUGCAAAUGCUUUUUGUGACUGAAUUGACUCUAUGCCUUAGACUGGGGGAGAUAAUACAAUACGUUUUGGGUAGGGGAGAGGGUGCUGAUAGACAGUACACCCAUAUGAAAUCACUAGAGACGGGCCUAGUUCCAAUACCUGAUUAUCGUCCCUUUCUCUCCAGAAGAUCCCUGAUAUGACUGAGUGGGAAACUUAAACUUGACCCUUACUUAUCCAAUCAGGAUGAUGUCAGGGCAGUUAUUAGUAGGAAGGGAGGAAGUAAGGAGGUCCUUUUUAAGCAAGGCAUGGGUAGCAAACUCAUUACAUGGAGGGCCUAGUGUCUGCAGGUUUUUCCUUUCAAAUAAGACCUAGAGGACCAGGUGAGGAGUUCUUUACUAAUUAGUGACCUUAAUUAAUUAAUCAAGGGAGGAGCAGAAAAACCCCAGACACUCUGCCCUCUGUUUAGACAGUUUCUACAUUUUACAGCAGACUGAUGCUUUGUCGCCUGCUGGGUACUUCAGUCAAAACAAUGAUGGUCUCCACAUAGUGAAGACUUGUCUUUAAUUUCAGAUAGACUACCUAUUUAUAUGAAACUAAGGGGUUAAUACGAUGACUUCAUUUCAUACCCCCUUUUAGUUCAAACAUUGUGAUAUUGCAAUCAGAGGAGGAGCUAUAUGCCAAUCAACUUUUCUGUCCAAUGGAGAGAUUGGUUCAAAUCCUUAGAGGAUGAUGGUGUGGCCUGUAUGCUGGCUUUCAUUCCAACUGAUCCUUGAUUUGGUCAAGUGAUUUUAAAUUAUGUUCACCCCUUUGUGAAGAAGUCCAAUAAAUUAUUUCUAGACUAAUGUAUAAAACCACGUGGAGAAAUACCUGGUUAGAAAGACACUUUAAAGACUGGUUUCCCAGACUCAGAUUGAGCUGACUUCUGGACUAAAAGCAUGUUCUACAUACAAUUUAGUCCUGGAAUCAGCAUAAUGUGGGUCUCGCAAACUGACCAAUAAGAUGUCCCUCUCCUACGAAUGAAGAUACAUUUGCACUGAAUGUAAAAUGUUUGGAAAAUCGUGUAAAUAAAAGUGUUCACACUAAA